AUGCUGGCUGGCCAGACUUUGGCUGAUUCAUCUGGCAUCUAUGUUAUCUCUCUUCCGCGACGUUACGACAGAAAACGGGAUAUGGAGCGUUUGCGAAGAGCACUCAAUCUUAAAUGGAGUUAUGUGGAUGCGCUCGACGCGGAUGAUAGUGCAAUCUCCAGGAUAAUUGAACGAGUCAGGCUGGAACGCUCGAAGAGUAGGAGUUACGUUGAGGACUCAACCGAGGUCAAGGCGCCCAGCUUAGAAUACUUCCACUGGCCAGAAGAUAUGGAUCUGAAUACUCUGUCCCGCGCCACGAUAAACCCUUCUGGAGCGGAUGGCUGGGGUUCUGAACACGCUCUCCCCUCUCAAUGGCCUGGGACUGGACCUGCUCCUCUUCUCGUUGAUCCUUUGAUGUGUGCCACUGAAAACAAUACGAUUCCUCCAUAUACACCAUCAGCGCCUCCCUACAAGCUCCUCACCCCCGCCAAGGUUGCUUGCUGGCAUUCACACCUGUCGGUUAUCCGGAAUAUCGCUAACAAGCCUGGCAAUUCGACCACUCUUGAUGAAGUGUAUAUAAUACUCGAAGACGACGUGGACAUGGAAUACGAUAUCAAAGAACGCCUCUGGGAUAUGUGGCCUGCUCUGCCUCCACAUUGGGAUAUGCUUUUCCUAGGGCACUGUUGGUCCAACGAGUCGCUGCACCCAGCCCUACCUUUACCCCCUUAUUCGGCGUUUUCUCCUCUCCACCCAUCUAACGCGCCGAAGUGCACGCACGCUUACGCUGUGACGAAGGCAGGCGCGGCGCGUCUUCUCCUCCAUCUACGAUACCCGCCCUUCGCAUACUCCCGGGCGAUCGACCAGGCAUACGCGUGGCUGAUACAGAGCGGUAGAUUGAGGGCGUUCUCGGUCGUUCCGAGUAUAGUCAUCCAGAGGAAGGUGGGGCAGAGUGAUGUGUGGGACGAGGAGCAUGGUGGUACUGGUAGUGAAUGGAGGGAUACGCUCGUCCAUGGUGUGCUUGGUACUUCAUGA